AUGCUGUCCAGAACCACCAAAGACACGGUCUUAUUGUCCGUCGUCUGCCUCCUUGCAUCCAUCACCUCUGUGUUCGCUGAGUGUACCAGGGAGGGCUUGCUAGCAGCAACCAACAGCUAUGUAGCCUCGUUCUCCGCCGGCAAAUCCGACAACCUCAAACUGGCCUCGAGCAACUUCACCUACCAGAACAACAAGGCAGCCGACAUCAGGCGCGGCGUGCUCAGCCAGUCGCACCCCAUCGGCCUCAACACAUCAACCGCGGACACCGUUGCAUGUGCCAGCUACACCAUGAUCAUCUCAUUCUCCAGCGGCUCCAACUCCAAGCCGUACGUCACGGCAACACAGAUCCGUCAUUCAGUCGACGGCGACACCUCCAUCAUCGCAUCCAUCGACAUCAUUGCUGCCACCACCGGCUCCCUCUUCUUCAAUGCUCAAAAAACACUCGGGUACAUCCAGAAGGAGAACUGGGGCGUGAUCGAUACGGUGGCGAACCGGCCCAGUCGAGAGCUGCUGAAGAAGGUCGGCGAUGCCUAUCUCGACAUGUGGACGGACGCGAAGGCGGCUGAUAGUAUCCCUUGGGGUACCGACUGUGAGCGUGUUGAAGGGUCGCAGUAUACCAGACCGUGCGGUGGUCAGCUACCGAGAGGAGGCAGUUCGAAGCGCAACGGGAAUCGGCGAUAUGUCAUUGAUGAAGUGAUGGGGUCCGUUGAUGUGCUGUGUUCGUUUGAUGCGCUGGGGAAUAUGCCGGAUAGUCAUGAGAUCCGGGUUGAGGACGGUAAGGUCAAGUACGUCCAUACGAUUUACGGUAACUUGAAGGCGUCGUGUACGGGUAAUAAGACGGAUACCAGUUGUAGUAGCUCCAUGUUGAAAGAAUGA